AUGUCUGGCCUUGCACCAACUCUACCUCUUGAACUACAGUAUUUGGUCAUCAAUGCUGUCCACGCGACCAGCUCGACAUACCGCUUGACUAAUGUCCCUUUCCAACGGCUGCUCAUGGCCGGAAUCCGACCCGACGUCCUCUCCCUCCGUCUCGUCUGCUUGAGCUGGCACGACUACACCUCGCAGACUCUCCUCAGACUCUUCAAGGACAUAACUCUGCGCAACGACAGCCAUGCAGCACGCUUCUGCACUCUCGUGCGCAUGAGUCCGCGCGCCGGUAUCCGCGUGCAGAGUCUCGUCGUGAAGCGCUUGUCCGUCGCUAAGGUGUUGGCGGAUCUAUUCUCAGAGGACAUGCAAGAGCGGCUCUCAAAUCUGCGGUCGAUCAGAUUUCAGUAUCCGGAGUUCAUGGCCAUCCCGUGCGACAAGCGGCUCGGCACUUGGACUCAGGUAGACUCGGUGCACUUCUACGGGGACUACGGCUUCGAGACCGCGGACGGUCUGUGGGACUGGGUCGCGCUCUUUGCCGGGUGUGGCUCUCUUUCCUUUGUCGGAAAUAUCUGCGAGACACCGAUCACGAGAGAAGUGGCACCUCCACCGGACCCUCCACGCGUUCAUGUGCGAUCUCUCAUCUUCGAUGGGUGUAGUGACAGCAUCUGGUGGCUCCCUCCAGCAUUGGCCUCUCCACAUCUUCGCGUCGAUAAACUGGCGGUGAUUCUUUCCGAAUUUUCCUACCACCCACCACUUCUCCACAUCGUCUCUCCAAAGCUGCAAGAGCUAUUGCUCACGCGCCGCAGCCACAGCGACGUCCCCCGUUUAAAACUAGCGGACGACAGCUGCCCGGAGCUACACUCGGCCACCCUUCAUCUCGAGAUCCACAGCUCGCAGGAGGUGGCUCUCGCGCUGCUCGACGCUCAAGUGAUCCUUCGCGCAUCACCCAACCUAUCCCGCAUCCACUUUCGGCUUCCCCCAGUGGCCCCUGACCAAGUGACACUGGUGACACAGGCCUGGGGCGAGAUGGAUACACUUCUCGCGGGAACUGUUGACCAUGUCUUCAUCAGACUGCUUCCGGACCCGCAUUCUGCACGAGACGGCCCAACAUACCCUGAACCCAAUCUUCGUUUGCGAUGGCUGCGCACGGCUGGGAUCCGACCCUAUCACCUUCCCCUCCGUCUCGUCUGCUCAAGCUGGCAUGACUACACCUCGCGGCUUUUCUUCGGACUCUUCAAACACAUCGUUCUACGCGGCGACGACCACGCAGUGCGCUUUUGUGCGCUUGUGCGCGCCAGUCCGCGUGCGGCGAUACUUGUGCAAAGCCUCGUCGCGAUCCACAGACUGUCGGUCACAGCGGGCUUGGCAGAUCUCCUGUCCGAGGACAUGCAACGGCGCCUCCCGAGCCUGCGCUCGCUCAAAUUCCAGCACCCGCAGUUCUCGGCCAUCCCGCGCGAGAAGCAGAUGGGGACCUGGGCCCAGUUAGAGCAGGUGCGCUUCGACGGGCGGUUCGUCUUCGAGACCGCGGAUGGCCUGUGGGACUGGGUUGCGCUCUUUGCGGGGUGUAGAUCGCUUUCUUUCGCGGGGCGGAUCUGGAACACACCAAUCCCGAAAGGAGUGGUACCACCGUCGGACCCUCCGCGCGUCCACCUGCGGUCUCUGACCUUCAUCGCGUCGUGGACCAUCGAGCAGGUCGUUCCCGCAGCGUUGGCCUCCCCGAAUCUCCGCGUCGAUAAGCUGACACUCGUCCUCUACGACCCUUCCUGCUUCACAUCCCUUCUCCGCGUCCUCUGCUCUAAGCUCCAAGAGCCGAGGCUCUCGCGCGCCAACUUCCGCGACGCAACCCCGCUACCACUGGCGGAUGGCUGCUGCACCGAGCUACACACGGGCACUCUCAAUCUCUUGAGGCUCGAUACCCAGGAGAUGGCUCUCGUGCUAUCUGACAUCCGAGUGAUCCUUCGCGCAUCAUCCAAUCUGUCCCGCAUCCAAUUUCUGCUUCCCCCGAUGGUCAGAGUCCAUCAGGUGACACUCACAGCACAGUCCUGGGGCGAACUGGAUACGCUGCUCGCCGGAACUGUCGACCGUGUCUGCAUCUACCUGCCCAUCUCUCCGGAUGACGCAGAAGAUCCGGGGCAGCUCGCAUUGAAGACACUCUCGAACGAGGGCGCUAUUCGCUUGAGUGAGGAUGGAGGGCCCUCGGCACGCGAGUUCUUGGAGGACAGCUACGACGAGGACAACGAGGGUGCCAGAGCGAAGCCUGCUCAAGCUGGUCGAAGCGUCUGCGUGAUUCGGCGCAAUCAAAAAGUGCACGCGAUGACCGAACGACGGGACGAGAUGCUUCUCUCCGUUGUCCUCCUGCUCUUUGCGCCAGCGCUUUCUACCGUCCACGCCAUCGGGCAGCGCAGUUGCGUCGUCUUCCAGCCGUCGAAAACCGUAUUCAGUGUCGUGAGCAACGGGAAGGCCGCGCCGCUAAUGCUCUCUGCGGACGAGUGGCCCGGCGUCCAGCGCACCACGCAGGACUUCGCAGACGAUAUCCAGCGUGUCACUGGUGUCAGACCUGAAGUCUCCAACGGAACCGCAGCACACCCUUCGCAUGACAUCUGCCUAUCAUCAUUGAUCGACGUGUCGGAGAUCGAAAACCGGUGGGAGGCAUUCUUGUCGCAGGUGUUCAUGGUCCCCUCGGGGUGCAUCAUCGGAGCCGACAAGCGAGGCACGAUCUUCGCUUUAUACGACCACUCGGAGCAAAUCGGCGUCUCACCGUGGUACUGGUGGGCUGACGUGCCCAUGACGCGGGGCACCUCGCUGUUCGUCGAGCCCAGCGGCUGCUUCCAUGGAUCGCCGACCGUCAAGUAUCGUGACAUAUUCCUGAACGACGAACAGCCCGCCCCGCAGAACUGGGCGGCGGCCAAGUUCACGGCUAAUGGGACUGGGAUCGCAUUGACCAACUCACCGUUCAAUCGGUUCUUUUACGGCCAGCUCUCAAUGAGCGCGUUCGGCGUUGACGACCCUCUCAAUCAGUUCACGGCGGACUAUUAUGGGAUCGUGAUGGGUACAAGCCACGAGGAGCCGAUGAUGCGCUCGAUUCCUGUCGAAUGGGGGCUGUUUGGGAAUGGUCCCAAGCGUGCAAUCGGCGUGAGUGCGGCUGCCAUUCACGACUUCUGGGUCGCUGGCGCCAAACGCGCAGCCCCGUUCGAGAACAUGUGGACAGUCGGAAUGAGGGGCAAUGGGGAUGAGCCUAUCGUUGGCUCUGGCCCAGUAUCCCGCAAGUCUGGGCUAUGUACAGAGAGGUCGAAGGAUAUCAUGACCAAGGACUUCAGGUGCCGGACUAUAUCACUAUUCUCUGGACCGACGAUAACUGACUGGGGAAAUGUGCGGCGAUACCCGCUUCCUUCAGAACGAAACGGAACUGGUGGGGCAGGUGUUUACUAUCAUAUCGACCAUAUAAGCGAAGUUACUGCCACCUUCUAUCCAUCUCAUAGCACCAGGUCGAAGACCCACGGGACUACAAGUGGAUCACUAUAG